AUGAACAGGAGCGUGUGCCACCACCUGCUCGCCCAGUGCAGAUCCCUGCGAGAGCUGAAGAGUAUCCACGCCCGGGCCGUCACCCAUGGCCUCCACCCGUGUAACCAGUCCAUCUCGUGUAAGCUCUUCCGGUGCUAUGCCGACUUCGGCCGCCCCGCCGAGGCGCGCCGGCUGUUCGGCGAGAUCCCCUGCCCGGACCUCGUCUCCUUCACCAGCCUCAUGUCGCUCCACCUCCAGCUAAACCAGCACCAUGAGGCCAUGUUCACGUUCUCGCGCGCCAUCGCCUCCGGUCACCGCCCUGAUGGCUUUGUGGUUGUCGGCGCUCUCUCGGCGUCUGGCGGGGCUGGGGAUCUUUGUGCUGGUUCGGCGGUGCAUGGCCUGAUUUUCCGUUGCGGGUUGGGCUCAGAGUUGGUCGUCGGCAAUGCUCUGGUUGAUAUGUAUUGCCGGUGCGGGAGGUUUGAGGGCGCGCUAGGGGUGUUUGAUGAAAUGGCGGUGAAAGACGAGGUCACCUGGGGCAGCAUGCUGCAUGGGUAUAUGAAGUGUGUCGGUGUGGACUCAGCGUUGUCCUUCUUUGACCGGAUGCCGGUGAAGAGCAUGGUUUCCUGGACGGCGUUGGUGACCGGCCAUGUUCAGGCCAAGCAGCCUAUCCGAGCUCUAGAAAUUUUUGGUAGGAUGGUGCUGGAAGGUCACCGCCCCACACAUGUUACAAUUGUAGGUGUACUGUCUGCUUGCGCUGACAUUGGCUCCCUAGAUCUUGGGCGUGUCAUUCAUGGGUACGGAAGUAAAUUCAAUAUCAGCACAAAUGUAAUUGUUAGCAAUGCUCUGAUGGACAUGUAUGCAAAGAGUGGAAGCAUAGAGAUGGCAUUUGCCGUGUUCGAAGAAGUGCUGGUGAAGGAUGCAUUCACAUGGACAACCAUGAUCUCGAGCUUCACUGUCCAGGGUGAUGGGAUAAAAGCUCUUGAGCUCUUUGAGGACAUGCUAAGGUCUGGGAUUGUUCCAAAUAGUGUCACCUUUGUGUCUGUUUUGUCAGCCUGCAGCCAUGCUGGGUUAAUACAGCAAGGCAGAGAGUUAUUUGAUAAAAUGCGUAGGAUCUACAACAUUAAACCACAGCUUGAGCACUAUGGAUGCAUUGUUGAUUUGUUAGGACGGGGUGGGCUAUUAGAGGAAGCAGAAGCCCUGAUAUAUGAUAUGGAUGUGGAACCUGAUACUGUUAUAUGGAGGUCACUUCUUAGUGCGUGCCUUGUUCAUGGCAAUGAUAGAUUGGCUGAGAUUGCCGGGCAGGAGAUUAUAAAGAGAGAACCAGGGGAUGAUGGGGUUUAUGUGCUUCUUUGGAACAUAUACGCCUCAUCAGAUAGGUGGAAACAAGCUCUGGAUAUAAGAAAACAAAUUCUGACAAGGAAGAUCUUCAAAAAACCAGGGUGUAGUUGGAUUGAAGUCGAUGGUGGUGUCCAUGAAUUCUUGAUGUCUUCUGGAGAUGGGAUCGAUGGAGAUGAGAAGUCUGAAGAGACACAUGGCAAAGAUAUUAGACGCAUCAAGUGUGAAUUUUGCACUGUUGUUAGGUCCAAGAUGUAUCUCAUACGAGCUCACAUGGUAGCUCAGCACAAGGAUGAGUUGGACGCAUCAGAAAUCUAUGACUCAAAUGGUGAAAAGGUUGUUUAUGGGGUUGGACACGCAUGUGAAGAGUGUGGAGCUUGUUUCCGGAAGCCAGCUCAUCUGAAGCAGCAUAUGCAAAGUCAUUCCAAAGAGAGAUCCUUCGCCUGCCCACUUGAAGACUGCCCCUUCAGCUAUAUAAGAAAAGAUCACUUGAACCGGCAUAUGCUUACACAUGAGGGCAAGUUGUUUACAUGCCCUCUAGAAGGUUGUGGCAAGAGGUUCAGCAUCAAGGCAAAUAUUCAAAGACAUGUUAAGGAAAUGCAUGAGGAUGAGCACGAAUGCAAAAUGGAUGACACUAAAAGCAACCAACAGGUUAUUUGCCAGGAGGAGGGCUGUAAAAAGGCUUUCAAGUAUCCUUCACAGCUGAAGAAACAUGAGGAGUCGCAUGCCAAAUUGGACUAUGUGGAAGUAGUCUGCUGUGAGCCUGGCUGCUUGAAGACAUUCACAAAUGCCAAGUGCCUGAGGGCUCAUAACCAGUCUUGCCAUCUAUAUACUCACUGUGAUAUUUGUGGGGAGAAACACCUGAGGAAGAACAUUAAAAGGCAUCUACGAGCUCACGACGAAGUGCACUCUACUGAAAGGUUGAAAUGCAGUUUUGAUGGCUGUGAAUGCUCCUUCUCCACCAAAUCAAAUCUAAACAAGCAUAUGAAGGCGUGCCACGACCAAGUCAGACCUUUUGAGUGUCGGGUCGCGGGGUGUGGCAAGACAUUCCCCUACAAGCAUGUCAGGGACAAUCAUGAGAAAUCGAGUUGUCAUGUAUACGUAGAGGGCGACUAUGAGGAGAUGGAUGAGCAGCUGCGCUCGCGCCGAGGAGGUGGGCGGAAGAGGUCGGCUGUGACGGUCGAGACGCUGACUCGCAAGAGGGUCACCAUCCCCAGCGAGGUCUCAUUGCUUGAUGAUGGGGCGGAGUACAUGCGCUGGAUGCUCUCCGACGGGGAUGGUUCGAACCACGCUGAGUAG